AUGACGAGCUCCGUUGGGGCGGCUACAGCGGCUAUUGCCAGCCGCGGCAACAGGAACUUUUCAUCUGAAGAAGGCUACGAGUUGAUUUUGCCGAAUUUGCCAACAGGUCGUUUUGUUGUUAAUACAGUUUUUCUUCACGGAGAUGUUCAAGCGCGGCCUUACCGAGUGGAAGAUUUUCGCGACGCGUUGUCUGGUUUAUCGCUGCUUCCUGAAGUGAUCGCCUUAGGGGCGUAUCCGAUGAGCCACGUGUGGGCCGUAACUUUCAGUAAUGCCGAAGCCGUGAAGAAGUUACUCGCCGCGAGCGAAUUGAAGGUCAAGGGCCGGCGCUGCGUCGUCAUUGAUCCUGGAAACCAAGAUGUAAGGAUGAAAGUGCACUGGCUGUUGCACAACGUUCCAGAUGAUGACGUGCGGGUGGCCUUCCUUCCUUAUGGAAAAGUGACAGAAAUUAGCAGAGAGUGGUGGCGAGUACACGGAAUCACUGACGAGGGGUCCACAACCAGGUUGGUGUCCAUGCGUCUCAAGGUAGGCGUUAAGCUGGAAGAUCUACCACACCAGCUGAACGUCGCAGGUGAACAAGCUUUGGUGGUCGUAUCAGGCCGUGCGCCGAUGUGCCUGCGCUGUCAUGCAACGGGGCACAUUCGCCGCGACUGCCGGGUUCCAAAAUGCAGUGCCUGCCGUAGAUUCGGACAUGAAGAAGGUCAAUGCCCUAAGACGUACGCCAGCGUCGCCGGGCCUACGAGUGGCGAGGAUUCAUCCGAACUUCUCAUGGAUGAAAACGACGCUGAAGAAGCUUCGAAGCCGUCAAAGGACACCACAGUCCGCAAAAUGGUAACGCUGGCAGCCAACAAACCCCUUUUGGAGGAAAGGCGUCAACCAACAGAGCGCGAACGGGAUACCAAAGACCAGGCCGUGGAAAAAGCCAUCACAUCGAAGGACGCCUGUCAACCUACCAGCGAGGAUACAAAAGGGGAAGAAACCCAAGAGACCUGCAUGGACGUCGUCGAAAGCGUCAGUGGACAGCCCACCAAGCGGCCAUUGGAGGAGAGCGUCGAGAAAGCAGACAAUGGAGUUGAAGAGACAGAACCACCGCCGAAGGGACUUGGCAUAAGACGGUCUUUAUUCAAGCAGAGGCCGAAUUUUUCCGCUGAGCGGCGGCCGGUGGAAAAACCUCCGUCUUGA